AUGUCUGUUUCCGUUGCUUCUCGUACUCCAAAGCGCUCCGUAGGGCAUCUACGUGGCGAAAAGCCAACUGGUCUGCAUAUGAACCGUAAAAAGCUUUAUAGCGUGCGAGAUAUUUGCCUUGACAAUUACGACACUGAAUACAUGUACCUGCGAGAGAACCGACUCACUAAAUUUGAUGCGGAGGUCAAGAUGGAAUACCUUCGCAUCCUGGAUUUAUCUAUCAACAACAUUGGUGGCACAGUCGAUUUUCUUGAUAAAACUCCGCGUUUGCAUCACUUGUAUAUGACUGGGAAUAUGAUUGAAUCUCUGGUUGGCAUAUCUAACUUUCCAGCACUCGAAACUCUUUGUCUAAGUGAUAAUGCUAUCAGCAGUUUUGAGGGCCUCGAGAAUCUGCCUUCUCUCCGUGUGCUGUCACUGAACUUCGAUACUAUCUCCACGUUUAAGCAUUAUCCCAUUCUGCCCAAUCUGCACACCCUUAACCUUGUCGGUAAUCCAAUUACCGAGGUUCCCUCAUACCGUAGCAUGGCCAUAGCCAUCAACUCUCGCAAUCUGGUUUCGAUUGAUGGAAACCCUAUUCAGGAGGGUGAACGAGCAGCAGUUGAGCAUUACCGAGGGAAGAUCGCUACUUGUAUCCGAGAGGGCUUUGUAGUGGAGGGCGAAAACGUCGAAGAGGCUUCGGGGGCAUUUUUCCUGAAGUCUCAACUUCAGAGGCAAAAGGCCGAGUAUCUCCAGCUCUGUUCCAUUAACCUUUCCUCUACUAAGGAUGGCGGCGCUAUCUUGAUGGAAGGGUUCCCGGUAGCACUAUCCAUUUGCAUGCAGGACGUUCGCCCGUACGAGGAUCGAAUUUCGAAGGUGUUCCAUUCACCCUACUUAUACCCAGUCAUCUUUCAGGUAUCUGGGGAAGCAACUGAAGUUUUUGUGGUGGGUUCCAUGAAUAAUUGGACUGACCCUAUCAAACUUGAGCGCUGUGAGAACGAUAAAGAGGUCUUCUUCCACACAACUCUAUACUUGCCUGCAAACGACUACGAGUAUCGGUAUAUAGUUGAUGGCGUUGAGAAAGUUUCCGAUAUAAACCGUAUUACUUCCAAGUACAAUCAAGGGUUUUGCAACCUGUAUAAGGUUACUCAACAAACACAAAAUAAAGAAUCACAUGACACCAUUUUGCACAUUCGUUGGAUGCGCAGCCACGGCGACGGCGUUUUCGAGAUUGUUGAAAAUGAAAAUUCGCUUCUAUACAUGCCAACGUUUGACGACAUCAAUGCCUACUUGCGUGUGGAAGUGCUUGGAUAUGUGGAUGGUGAAUUCUCUUUCAUGUACUUUGAUCAUUCUUCUCCUAUGGUUAAUUCUCCACCAUACUGUUCAAAAUUACAGAUCAAGGGGAGUCCUGUGGAGGGGUCCGUACUUACUGUGGAUGCAGAGUACAGUGGUGGCAUCGAAGGACACUCUACUAUCAGUUGGUUUCUCAUACCUAUCGACGGCAACGAGAUUCCCAUCGAUUCGCAGGAUCUAUGGGAAGGGUAUAAACUCACUCAUAAAGAUAUUGGGUGUUGCAUCCGUGUGGAAUUCACUCCUGUGCGUAACGAUUGGGUAGCUGGCGAUCCCAAGUCAGUCAUUGUGGGGCCAAUUGUCCCUGGCGUACCUGAAUGCGAGUCUAUCAAGAUUAUUGGCAACUUAUAUGAAGGAAGCCAGUUGGAGGUAGAAGUCUUGUACACUGGAGGUGAGCAGGGUGAUAGUGUAUAUCAAUGGCUACGAAAGGUGGAUGCUGACAAUGAGGCGUACAUACCCAUUGAAGGAGAAAAUGGAACCAAAUACAUGCUCACCGCAGAAGAUGUUGAUAAGUGCUUGGCAGUGGAGUACACACCCGUGAAUAGCGAAGGUAAGAGUGGAGAAACAUGCCGCUGCGUUCUCGAAGAUCCUAUAAAACCUGCCCAGCCCAUGGUUAAAAAUUUGCUUAUUUCUGGGGAGCCAUGUGAAGGCCACACGCUUGCACUUGAGUAUGAAUAUUCAGGUGGAACAUUUGGUGAGCAUAUAAUACAAUGGUAUCGCUGCUACCCUGAUACGGAUGAUCAUGUACAGAUUGGUUCACCUAACAGUGUUUAUUUGAACUUGACUAAGAAGGAAAUCGGAUGUUUUAUAGAAGUGACCAUGAUACCAGUUCGCUUCGAUGGCGAGCGCGGACAACAAGUCAGUGCCAAAACGGACGAUCUCAUCAUCGCCGCGAAGCCUGAAGUAAAAUCCAUGAAUAUUCUUGGUGAUCCAAUUCCAGGUAAUGAGCUUUACGUCCAGAUCGAUUGCUCUGGCUGUGAGGUUGAUGAAUCAGCCAUCGAAUGGGAAAUAGAGGAUCCUGAAACGCACGACCUCAGGCCUGCUGCCCGUGGUGUCAGCCGAUACAUUGUAUCUGAGCAUGACGUCGAUAAAACACUCAGGGUUAUAUACACACCCGUUACAGGAGAUGGUAUUAAAGGUGAUACUCAGUGGCUUUCAAUUCAAGUUCUGAAUGAAUAG